AUGACUGCUACACUUGAAAGGCGAAAUUCACGUAUUUUGACAAUCGACGAGAGGAAGGAGGCAGAGGAAAUAGGUGUGAUCUGGGAGACUGAUGCAGAGGAUGAAUUCGACCACUCGAACAGUGAGUCCAUGCUGGAGACGAAGGAUCCGCAACAUUGGCUCAUGAAGAUGGACGAGAUCAUGCCCGAACUCCCAGACCCGACUGGGCCAGUCACAGCUCCGCGCCAAAAGCGCAGCCAGCUUCUCCAGGAACUGCUUGUCCACCUCAUCGAAGCCAUUCACCUCGGCGCAGUCAACGUCAAUGAUAGCAACCACCGAGCCAGCUCUCGCAUCACCUUCCACCACAAUGGGAACAACAAUCUCGCUCUUGCUGUCUCCGUCACAGGCGAUAUGUCCGGGAAACUGCUCGACGUCCGGGACAAGCUGGGUUUCUGCUGCCGCAGCUGCGGCACCGCACACUCCACGCCCGAACGCGAUCGUCUGACAGGCUACCUUCCCUUGGAAGGGACCUAG